CAAACCAAAACAAUCGGUUUCCGUUACAAUGCGGUCAAAUAAAAUUACAAAAUAAGCAUUCCAAUGUUUAUAUUCCUGAUUAUAACACAAGUUUGAGUUAUAUUGUGGUGUUAAUAGAUUUUAAGUAAAAAUGUAUAAAAUCAAUUGUACUUUACUUGUGGUUUCUUUGUGUGCUUUGCUAUGGGGUGUGGCCGGUCAGUACGAAUGGCAAAUACGCGAUUCUGUAGACGAAAUUCGAGGAAAAAUGGAUAAAAUUAAUACCGACAACUGCUUUAUCAGCCAUUUAGAUGAUCUCUUCCUUCCUGAGGAUUCCGUGUCUCACCAUCCCGACGUAAAAGAGAUAAACAUUAAUCCCGUGUUCGCAAAUCGUACCGCAAUGUUACAUUUGCACAAUAUGGCUAUGACAAGGGCGUUUUUCUGGAGUUACAUUCUGCAGUCCAGGUUUAUUCGACCUGCGAUAAACGAUACCUACGAUCCAGGGAUGAUGUAUUAUUUUCUAUCAUCUGUAGCCGACGUUUCUGCUAAUCCAUAUAUAAACGCUAGUUCAUUAUAUUUCUCACCGAACAUGUCAUAUACGUCCUCAUACCGAGGAUUCUUCAAUAAGACUAUGCCGAGAUUCGCGCCUAGAGCUCUAAGAGCAGAUGAUUUCAACGAUCCUGUUCAUUUGCAAAAGAUAUCAACAUUAAAUACAUUUUUUGUGGAAGAUCUUGGUGCAUUUGACCCUGAAAGCUUGUCAAAAGAUUACACAUCUGAUUUCUAUCGUACUAAUGAGUGGUAUUCUUUAUGGUUACCCGACAAGGUAUCAAAUAGACAUGACACAAAAACAACAUAUCAAGUUGAAAUAAGAUACGCUAAUAAUACCAAUGAAACAUUCACUUUCCAUGGACCCCCUGGCAAUGAUGAGACACCUGGACCAGUGAACUGGACAAAACCUUAUUUCGACUGCGGUCGGUUGAACAAAUGGCUGGUGGCAGCAGUUUCACCUGUUGCCGAUAUUUAUCCCCGUCACACUCAGUUCAGGCAUAUUGAAUAUCCAACAUAUACGGCAGCUGUGGUUAUGGAAAUGGAUUAUGACAGGAUAGAUAUAAACCAAUGUCCACCGAGUCAGGGUAAUGACAAACCAAAUAGAUUUGCUUCAACAGCGAGAUGUAAAGAAGAGACUACUGAAUGUGAACCAAUCCAUGGUUGGGGUUUCCGGCGUGGCGGUUAUCAGUGUCGGUGCCGGCCCGGCUUCCGUCUGCCAAGUAUUGUGCGUCGACCGUACCUCGGCGAGAUUAUCGAACGAGCGACAUCCGACCAGUAUUAUAACAACUUUGACUGUCUGGAAAUUGGGUGGGUGCAGCGGCUGCCGGUGCAGUGGGAGAAGGCGCACCCGCUGAUCCGCGCGCUGUACGCGGACCGCUACUACGAGUACGUGAACGCCACGAGCGGGCCGGCCGCGCUGCACGCCGAGCGCGUCAACGUGUACGAGGUGCUCAACUACAUCCGCUCCGUGCAGCCCUGGAACUGCUCGCUGUAUAAUCCGACAGAUUUAUUCUUGAAUGGUGAUAUCGCUUUUGGUGCAGAAGAGCAGUUUGAGAAUCAAGCCAAAAUGGCUGUGCGAUUGGCGAAUUUCAUAAGUGCUUUCUUACAGGUGUCAGAUCCCAAAGAAGUUUUCAGCGGUACAAGAGUCGCCGACAAGCCCCUCACUGAGGAUCAGAUGCUCGGAGAAACCCUUGCUAUAGUCCUUGGUGACUCUAAAAUUUGGUCUGCAGGUACAUAUUGGGAUAGAAACAAGUUUACAAACCGAACAUUCUUUGCACCAUUUGCACACAAGACUGAGCUAAACACUAGGAAAUUCAAACUCGAGGAUUUGGCGCGAAUUAAUAAAACUGAUGCUGUGUAUAUUAACAAAUCGUGGUACCAAUUCCUGAAACAGAGAUGGUCGACUAAUUUCGACAGCCUUGAGAAGUAUUUCCUUAAAAUGAAAAUACGUGAUUCGGAAUUCGGAAAAUAUCUGAAGCAAUACGAGAGAUAUCCCACGUUUUAUAGAGCGGCUAGUCUCAAACAUGGACACUGGACACGCCCAUACUACGAUUGCGAAGGACCUCUGAAGCAAUGGGUUAUUACGUAUGCAUCGCCAUUCUUUGGGUGGGACAGUGUCAAAGUUAAGCUGGAAUUUAAGGGAGUUGUGGCUGUGACCAUGUCUUUAAUGUCUUUAGACAUUAAUCAGUGUCCGGACAAAUUUUACAUACCAAAUGCAUUUAAAAGCACUGACAAGUGUGAUAGGAGAUCCUCUUAUUGUGUACCGAUCCAAGGACGCGGGUUUGAAGCUGGCGGUUACAAGUGUGAAUGUUUACAAGGCUAUGAGUACCCAUUCGAGGAUCCCAUCACAUACUACGAUGGUCAGAUCGUAGAAGCUGAGUUCCAGAAUAUCAUAGAAAAUAAGGAAACACGCAUUGAUAUGUUCAAGUGUAGACUGGCUGGAGCAGCAGCUAUUCAAGGUAGCUUCGCUGUAUUGUUUACAGUUUUGAUCUUUUUGUGGAGAUUCAGGUAAUUUCAUAGUAUAUUGAUUGUGUCCGAUAAAUAUAGUCUGACAAACAAAACUAUUCAUAGAUAGAUUUCAAAUAUUUUGUAAUUAAAAUAUGUUCCUUUGUUAAUUGGAAACGUUUUUCUUAAAAUAUUUGAAAAGAUUAAAUGUUUGGAUAUUCAUGAUAUUUCUAUGUAUAAUAUAUACACAUAUAUAUUCUAUUCCAAUCAAAGGAGUUAAUAUAAACAGACCUUGAUAUACUAUUCCAUGUGUUUUUCUUAUAGCUCUGCUAUUGCAGACAUUUCCUGAUUAAUAUACUUUCAGAUGUUUUAUACAACAAUAUUUCACUUCUCUACUAUAUUAUACACAGUUUUUACUUUAUUUUACAUUCUCGACCAAUCUCGACAAAAGAUAUCUCGUCAAUUUAUAGCCAAGGUGUUUUUUGCUUCACUUCUCUGUUGGGUGGAAUAGACUAUAUUUUUUUUUUAUAAUUUCUACAUUUUGUGUUGUUUGUGGUGUUUUAAACUACUUUUGACAAAUCAACACGAAAGUAAUAUUAAUUUAGAAACACUUUAUGGGGGUUAAAUCUAAUUUUGUCUUAUUUUAUGUAUUUUAAUACUAUGACACAAUGAAUUAUCAAUUGAGAUACUUAUUAUGAUUUUUGUAAGAAUUUACUUCAAAAUAGGAGUUAAUUAUUUUAUUAAUUUGAAAAUGCCAAAACAUUUAGCUGAAUCUCGCUUUUCCUUUAAUGUAGUUAGGUAAAUAGGAGCUCAAAGUGUUCAGUAUAUUUAAAAUACACAUAUAAUACUAAUCCAAUAUAUGUAAAAAGUUUAAGUUGAUUGAUUUCACUUGAAUUAUGUAACUACUUAAAUUUUGUCGUUAAUGACUUAUAGUAAGCAAUUAUGUUGUAUAAUUUCACAAAUACUUAGUAAGUUUUUUUAAGACUUACAAACAUUUUUUAUAUGUAUUUAUAUAUUACAAAUUACCUCGUUAAUAAACAUAUCGGUUAAUUCAUCAUUAACGGUGUACUUAGACAAAUAGUUUUGAUAAUAGAUCAUAAAAUUAACAUAUAUUGGCCCAGUGAUGACUUAUUCAUUACUACCUAAUAACCUUUUAUGCUACCAAUAAAAUAGUAAUGCUUCUGAUAUACAUAAAGAAAAGCUAAUUAUUAGCACAUACAAUAUAAAAAAAAUACAAGAUGUCGCUAAAUUUAUAAUGUGCCUAUAUCAAUGGAAGAAGGUGUAAAGAUAAACAAACUUUAGAUUAAGAUAGAAUCUUAUUAUGUUAUGCACUAUAUACAUACUACAUACUAAUACUAAUACCAUUUAAAAGGUGAAAAAUAAAAUAGGAAAUCCUAAAUGUAUAGGAAUUCCUAAUGGCAAUAGAUCUGAUUUAUUAUAAAUUGACAUUCUUGGCACGUCAUUUAUAAAUGAUUAUAAGUCAGUAAGUAUAUUUUGUAUAAGAGACAUUUUUAUAAAUCAUUCCAUUAAUAAAAUCGAUUUUCAAGAGCAGUUAAAAUUAAGUCCUUUUGAAAGCAUAUUGCUAAUUUUAAAAUUAUAUAUUUUAUUAGAUUUAUUUAUAUUCUUUGUGUUUCAUAUAAUAUACAAUAUGAAAUUAAGCAUAUCUUAGGUUUCACUCUAAUUUAAAUAUAAGUUAGAUAAU